AUGGGAGCCUGUAGCAGUCGUAAAAAGCAAUUGUCUUGCGAAAUGUCGGACGAAGAAGUUGCCGCAAUUCGUGAAGUCUGGAUUCGCGCCAAAACUGAUAAUGUUGGAAAAAAGAUUUUGCAAACUCUCAUUGAAAAACGUCCUAAAUUCGCAGAAUAUUUUGGUAUACAAAGUGAAAGUUUGGAUAUUCGCGCGUUGAAUCAAAGCAAAGAAUUUCAACUUCAGGUAAAUCCCAAGUCUCUUAGAAAAUUUGUGGAAAGUUAAUUUGAAACUAAAUAACAUUUUCAGGCGCACCGUAUUCAAAACUUCCUUGACACUGCUGUUGGUUCUCUUGGCUUCUGCCCAAUUUCAAGUGUUUAUGACAUGGCUCAUCGAAUUGGUCAAAUUCAUUUCUACCGAGGAGUUAAUUUUGGUGCCGAUAAUUGGCUUGUUUUCAAAAAAGUAACUGUUGACCAAGUCACCACUGGUACCACAGAUUCUUCUGCGAGAGAAAAAAAUGAUGACACAAAUUCAAAUGGCACAACUAAUGGAAAAAUUGAGAAUGAGCAAAAAGAUACUGUCAAUCCAGUAUGUUUUUUUUUGUACUUUCUUCAUCUUUUAUUUAAAAAAAAACAUUGUUUCAGAUUGCUGAUAUAAAUAAUGUAUACAGCGGUGAGAAUUGUUUGGCAAGAUUGGGCUGGAACAAAUUAAUGACUGUAAUUGUUCGAGAAAUGAAACGCGGAUUUUUGGAAGAAGCCAUGCGAAAUUGUAAAGAAGAAGACAACAACGAACUUUUGAAAGCAUAA